AUGUCGCGCCCUUUUCCCUACACCUACAUUUCCUGCCCCUGCGCCGAUACCCCGGUCCCCGACCCGGCCAGGAAGCGAAGGUCUAGGGAAUCGUCGCAAAAGUCACCGCAGAAACCACCACCGGAGCGUGCGAACAUAGAUGAGAAGGACUCAACAAAAGAAGAAUACCAAGGAGAGGACGAGGACGAAGAGCAGACUUUUGAUCCCCGCUCCCCACGGUCCAACUUUUCGCUGUACCCGCCCGAACAGCUUCUCUACUGCGAGGAGUGCCAUCAGAUCAAAUGUCCGCGAUGUAUCACCGAGGAAAUUGUGAGCUGGUACUGUCCCAGCUGUCUGUUUGAAACACCGAGCAGCAUGGUGCGGAGUGAUGGUAAUCGAUGCGGUCGAAACUGCUUUAACUGUCCUAUUUGUACAGCUCCGCUGUCCGUCAGCAGCGUUGAUACCACCGGGAACGCGAAGGGUCCAUGGGUCUUGUCUUGCGGAUACUGUCUUUGGACAUCCCUGGACAUUGGCAUCAAAUUCGACAAAUAUACUAAUGUCCGCAGUCAACUGCAGAAGAUGACCGAUUCCACUCCCCCACCUGCAUUUGAUCGGUCCAGGCAAGCUUCUCGCACUUUUGGGGAUUUGAAGCAUCCCCUGUCAAGCUUUGCUUCGGUGGACGAGCAAUCCAAUGCGCGGGAGCGUGAGGAAGCAUCAGCACCGCAAGAAGACCCCGCUGCGCCUCCAAUGGGUGCCGAUGCCCGGUUUGCAGCUCUGAAAAACUUCUACCGUACACAGAUCUCCGAGACGUCAAACUCACCGAGCGAUCAUCUAAGCUCAGAAUUCGGGUUUUCUUCGCCUGGCGCCCUAAACCGGCUCAUGUCUCUCUACACCUCCUCAGCGCGUCUGAGCGGGCUAUACGGCGGCAGCAAGAAGCCCAAGUCCAAGCCACCAGUGAUGCGCGAAGCCCUAACAGCCAGCGAGGGCCUCCAACUCGCCCAAGAGACCAGCGAAGCAGAAACAAUCUCCCGACUACACUCACCAGAAUGCGGCUGGGACGGAGUCGCUUCAAUCGAGCAGCGCGCAACCCAAUCACCAGACGCCCGCUUCACCUCCGACCUCCUCCCCCUCCCCGUCCUCCUCCGCACCAAACGAGCCAAGCGCUGCAAGUCCUGCAAACACAUACUCGUGAAGCCCGAAAGCAAGCCGCAGUCCACCCGCUUCCGCAUCCGUCUCAUAGCCCUCAGCUACAUCCCCCUUCCCACCCUCCGCCCUCUAGCCCUAUCAUCCUCCUCGGCCCUCCCAGCCGCAUCCCCAACCCCAGACCUCAACGCCCUCCCACCCCUCCGCCCCAUCCACGUCCUCCUCACCCUGAAAAACCACAUGUUCGACCCCGUCCGCAUCACCCUCGCCACACCCCCCGUAACGCCCGGCGACGUCGCCACAAAGUUCGAAAUCGGCGCCAACAGCGAUGUCUGGGACGAGGCGUUGCAGGGUACCUCGACGCCUUUAAGCAGCGAGUCGCGCUCGGCUGCGCUCCGCGGUGUCCCUGAAGCUGGCAAGGUGUGGGAUAAGGGAAGGAAUUGGACUACUGUUGUUUUGGAGGUUGUUCCUAGUACUUUGCCCGGGAGUAGUGCGGAGGGUGGAAAGGGUGAUUCCUCAGGUACUGGUACUGAGGCGGCUGCUGAAGCUGCUGAAGCUGCUGAUGAGCAUGUUGUGGCUGUUGCGAAGUCUAGACAGGAUCUGGAUGUGCUGGAGAUUCCGGUUUUUGUUCAUAUGGAUUGGGAUGCCGAGGCGCAGCUCGAUCAGAAUGUCGGGAAGGGGUCUAAGGCUGAGGAGAAGGUUACCAGGGAGUUGGCUUAUUGGAUGGUCCUUGGUGUUGGGAGGAUUCAGCCUUCGUUGUAG